AUGGGCAACAAGGUUGGAACGCCAUGCGUGUGCAUUCCCAUAAAAAGAAUGAAAAGAAAGGAAACAAGAGUUGCUGCUAAUUUUCCUUCCAUCAGUGAUUUGAGCCUUGAAAAUUUUCUGGACGCCAUUGAAGAACAAACUCCUAUUCAUCUUGACGUCCCAUCUUUUCUUUGCCAAAUCUGCUUUGAAUCGAAGCCUCUAAACCAGUCCUUCGACUUGGAGGGUUGCACGCACUUCUACUGCACAAGAUGCGUAGCCCAAUACAUCGUGGCGAAGCUCAAAGACAAUGUGUUCAAUGUCGUGUGCCCUGAGCCAACAUGCUCUGGAAUCUUGAACCCUAACCACUGCAAAUCAAUUCUACCGAGCAAUGUUUUCGAAUGGUGGGAGCGCGUUCUAAGCGAAUCGGCGAUCCCUGAAAAUGUCAAAUUCUAUUGUCCUUUCAGUGAUUGCUCUGCCUUGUUAAUCAACAACAAUGAUGAUGGAAAAAGUAGGAUGCUGGGAUCGGAUUGUCCUCAUUGCAAGAGAAGCAUUUGUGUCAAGUGUCAGGCACCUUAG